ACAGUAGUAGUUAAUGAGCAAAACCAAAUACCCGUGUCCUGAAUAUUGAUUUUGGUUUACUACUGGUAUCUUGGGCUUCAUAGUUUUUUGCAUCACGAGGAGCUCAUAAGGAAGAGCAGCUUGCUGGAUUCUGUGUGCUCUCUCUUUCCAGUUAGUGUAUAAGUGUGUUUAGAGAUUGAAGCACUGAUUUGUUAGAGAUUUAACAUACUUCAUCAACUGUUGGAUUAAUAUUAGGAGCAAUAUGUUUCUGAAAACUAGCUUUUCAGCAUGAAUGUGAAAGAGUUCCUAGCCAAAGCCAAAGAAGACUUUUUAAGAAAAUGGGAAAGCCCCCCUCAGAAUACUGCUGGCCUAGAUGAUUUUGAGAGGCAAAAAACACUUGGAACAGGAUCAUUUGGGAGAGUUAUGAUGGUGAAACAUAAAUCCACAGAACAGUAUUAUGCUAUGAAGAUACUGGAUAAACAGAAGGUCGUCAAACUGAAGCAAAUAGAACACACGCUGAAUGAGAAGAGAAUAUUACAAGCGGUGAACUUUCCUUUCCUUGUAAAACUGGAGUAUUCUUUUAAGGACAAUUCUAAUUUAUACAUGGUAAUGGAGUAUGUUCCUGGUGGUGAAAUGUUUUCACAUCUAAGAAGAAUCGGAAGGUUCAGUGAACCACAUGCACGGUUUUAUGCAGCUCAGAUAGUGCUAACAUUUGAGUACCUCCAUUCAUUAGACCUCAUCUACAGAGAUCUAAAGCCUGAAAAUCUUCUAAUUGAUCAGCAAGGAUACAUCCAGGUCACAGACUUUGGCUUUGCAAAAAGAGUAAAAGGAAGAACUUGGACGUUAUGUGGGACUCCAGAAUACCUGGCACCUGAAAUAAUUCUCAGCAAGGGUUACAACAAGGCAGUGGAUUGGUGGGCAUUAGGAGUGUUAAUCUAUGAAAUGGCAGCUGGAUAUCCCCCGUUCUUUGCAGAUCAGCCCAUUCAAAUUUAUGAGAAGAUUGUGUCUGGCAAGGUAAGGUUCCCAUCACACUUCAGUUCAGACCUAAAGGAUCUUCUAAGAAAUUUACUCCAGGUAGAUUUGACCAAACGAUAUGGAAAUCUCAAGAAUGGUGUAAAUGACAUAAAGAAUCACAAGUGGUUUGCAACUACAGAUUGGAUUGCCAUUUAUCAGAGGAAGGUAGAAGCUCCGUUCAUACCAAAGUGCAGAGGCCCUGGAGAUACCAGCAACUUUGAUGACUAUGAAGAAGAAGAUAUUCGUGCGUCUCUAACAGAAAAAUGUGCAAAAGAAUUUGCUGAUUUUUAGUAGGAGUAAGAGGACAAGAUGACAUCAGGGCUCACAUUGGGAUCUUUGCACUCUGUUAACAGAUGAGGUGGAGCUGAGACCAUCAUAUGUCAAAACAGUUACCUAGUUACUUCAUUCCACAAAGCUGACUGAGGUCUUUAUUGCCAUCUUCCAUGUGUGCAGUUUGCACCAACCCUUCUAACUAGGCACAAUUAAGCAAGCACUGUUUGUGCAGUAACACAGAAUAAUAGACCACUUUCCUACUUAACUUUGGUUUCUGUCGUUCUUUGUUUCUGUGUAUUGUUCAUUUUUCCCCUUUAAAAUGAAGUAGUUUUUUACCCAAGAAUGCUCCAUUUUAUUUUGAAUAAUGUAUUAUUUGUGUGAGUGAAAUGGAAGGUGUUGCGGCUAGUGUGAUUUAGACUGAAGUGAAAGAUAAAUGUUGCUUCUAGUCUGUGCCAGCCAAUAAUUCUUGUCUGUCUUGUGUCUGAUGCUACAAUUUAUAAUAAUUUUUUAGUAGCUCAGACUAAACCUAGCCAACAUUUUUAGCAUUUUUGAAGGUAGUAUUUAUCGCCAUAUAAAUGUCUGCUAAAUUAACUUAAAAACAUUUCUUCCUGGAGACUGACCAAAAUUCAGUAGAAUCAAUUGGAUGGCUUAAGUAGGGGACAGUAGCUAGACCCCGUGCCUUGGUUUUCUACAUCCCUGCAGUUUUCGUCACUGCCUCCUUCCUUUGUAUUUCCCACCUAGGCAGUAGGUAAAUUGCCAUAACCAGACUGUACCAUGGAAAGCUUACAGUCUCAUGAGAGGGAGUAAUUCCACCUGGUCUGGAGUUUGGACCAUAUUUAACCAAGUCAACUUACCAGCAUUUCAGUUGGCAGGUAUGAAAUGGCUCUUUUAAGAACAUGAACCCAUAACUCUUAAAGGAAGUUUUGGUCAGUGUUGUAGAGAAUAUGAUUCAUUUUGAUUCAAAUCAUGGGGGGUUUUUGGUUGGGUUUUUUUUUUUUUUAAGCCAAUGUUUGGGCUCCCAAAGUAUUCCUUGUUUUGAGCCUUUUUUGAUUAAAAAGGCAUCCAUUAAAAUAAAAACCACCACACCACAAAAAGCAAAAUGCGCUCUGCCAUUAGCUAUGAAAAACAAAUGGUUUAGCAACUGCAAAAUAAUGUUAUAGAUGCAUUGCUGGAUGAACACGGUUAUUUUUUGUUAGCUGUUAAGAAGAAAAGGUUAUUGCCAAGUUUUUAUUCUGGUAUACUAUAUUAGUAAAUUGAGGAUGGAGUACUGCUACAAUCAUUUUCUUUUUAAUUACAGCACUUCAUUCAUGAAGAAAAGAGACAAAGUUUAAAAAUUGCAACAGCUGGGUUUAUUUUAGUUGCGUUGUGUCUUCAUUUCUAACCUACUUUCUUUCAAUCAAACAGAAUGUAUGGUCACACAGAUACAAGUAUUUGGGCUUAAUAAUGUUUUUGUAUACUCUCACCAACUGACUUAAAAGAUAUUGCUACCAUGUGCUAGCUUUGGGCACUUUUACACAUUUAUUUCAAUGUUAAUAAUCAGUGGCUCAGCACUUUUUUGGGGGUUGCUUUUAAACUUAUUCAUAGUAGUUUUAUUUGUAUACUUGAUUCUGGCUGUCUCAGUGACCUGUCUUAAAACAGCACAUCUAAACAGUUUAAACUAGACUCAUAUCUUAUGAUAAAUUCACGUGCAUACAAGGAUGAAUUGUUUUUAAAAAAAAAAAAAGAGCUAUAUUGAUACAUAGCCAUUGUAUUUGUUUGAAUGUCAGUGGAAAUAAACCACUGGCGUUCCUUCCUUUUAAUCUGUAUGACACUCCUUUAAGAAAAGCCUUUGUAGACAUUUUACAAAAGAGUAUAAAACGUACCAUCCAACAUUCUGUAUGUUUAGGUUGUUGAGCAUUUUUGCACAACGUCAUUAGGAGGCUGACACUGAAUGCAGUCUUUGUCCACCCAUAUUUACAUAUGUGCAAGAAAAGUAUAAGAUACUUUGCUGUAGCAAAUUUUAUGUAACAAAGAUAUAUCGUCACAUUAAUAAAUUUAAAGAAAUCCUUUGUAUGAAAAUGUUAAAAUCUUUUGUAUUUCAUUUAGACCAAGGACAUGCUGCUGUAUGCUAGCUGUAUGCGAUAAAUUCUACAGUAACUUUGUUGUCGUUUAUGAACUUUAAAAGAUUUUAAUAAAUGUUGGAGAUCACAA